CCUUGUUUUCUCACAGGUACUGCGCACAAGUACCUCCAUACAUGCACGAUAGGUUGUGGCUGCGAGCUUCGAUCAGCAAGCAGGCCGUGUUGGUUUGGCCCUUCCAUCUCCUUCUCACCAACGGCCGGUCGUUGCCUGUCCUCAGGCCUGCGUCUCGCGCCCAUAGAUCUUCUACCUCGGUCAUCCAAGGAAGAGACUGGCGAAGAGUGAGAGGGCCAGCCAGCCAGUCCGGUCUGUCAAAGACUCCUCCAUACCCCCAUCAGCCGACGGCAUUUUUGCCCCCGCUCUGUCCAACCCGGCGAGCUCUUUUUACCUGAACCUUUACCUUUACCUUUACCGUUACCUACCUUUACUUCAAGCCCUCAAACCGGAGGGGAAAGCAACGGCACGAACCAGUCACGACACAAAUUUUACCCUCGCCCUCAACCCUCUUACAUAACCAAUAACAAACCGAAACUGGCUCUCUGUGUCACUUCUUCAAGCUCUCCUCAGCCAUUACUUGACCGAUUCACCAUGUCCGAUUCAAUCCUCCUGACCAAGAAGUCAUCAUCCGGCACCCUGCUCCUCGGCCACUACUAAUAUCUUGGAAGAGCCACCCUAUCAUAUCAAAAGCCCCAGGAGCAAUUCCCAUUUCAGCGAUUCACUCGCCUCCCGAGCUCCACUUUUGCAGCACUCCACAUCAACGACUUCUUGAUUUUCCGCUCGCGCUGCUUCUUCCCCCUACCUCUUACUCCCACAGACUUUUCCCCGUCUGUCCCCGACAGAACUCAGCAGCGACAACAACAAAAAACCUUGGCAGUUUUGGUCGUUAUAACAGGAUAGCCCCGGGCUCUGCCCACCAAGACCACAAGGCGCGUUCGCCGCCACUACCAUCACUGCUGCUGCCCUGCCUUUGCUCUUGCAUAAGCGCAGUGACUGAAACCACCCGACUCGCUUACCUCUUUGCCCGCUCCAGCACUGCGGCACCCGCCAUCAAUAUUCUCCUACAGCACCGUCCAAGAAGCCCAGCGCUCUUCUCGCAUACCUAAACAUGUCAACCACCGCCGAUGCCAAGCCUCCCUCCACGAGGUCCUCCCAGGCCCCGUCAAUCAAGUCGGUCGAUCUCCCCCCCAGGUCUCCCAACCUGAACGGUUUGACCGAGCAGCCCGCAAAGCCCGUGGAGAAGGCGUCUGUAAAAGACCGUCUGACGCGCAUGUUCUCGACCAGAGACGCUGCCUCUCGCGCCGCAUCCACCGACGGCAAGCCCACUCCCAGCACCGGCACCCCUGGCAACACUUCCCCGCCGCCCUCGAGGCCCUCGGCCCCAGAACGUAAGGGUUCGAUUGCGUCAGACAAGUCGCCCGCCCCGACCACUGCGACAGCGAGCAAGUCCAAAUUGGCAAACGGCAAGGAUGGCCACUUGCAGCGCUUCAUGCUUCUCCCAGAUCCUCCCGGAGGACACGAGCACCACCUCAAGUCGUCGCGUCGCCAGGAGAGGUUAACCGACAUGAUCAAGGGGCUGCUCGGCCGGAAGUCUGAACCGCAGCAUGCGGCGCCCGAGAAUGACCUUUCGCUCGUCUCCAACUGGGUCGACAAUCUGAAGCGGGAAAAGGAAGGAGGCUCUUCGGCUUCGGACAAGAAGGCGGCGAACGGAGCCGGUGGUUUGGUGGAGAAGUACGGCAAGUGCCAGGAGGUGGUGGGCCGCGGCGCUUUCGGCAUCGUAAGAAUUUCCCACAAGAAGAUGGAGAAUGGUGUCGGCGAGAAGCUGUUCGCCGUCAAGGAGUUCCGCAGGCGUCCAGAGGAGACCGAAAAGAAGUAUAGCAAACGUCUUACGGCCGAGUUCUGCAUCUCUUCGUCUCUCCGCCAUCCCAACGUCAUCCACACGCUGGACCUGGUUAAGGACUCAAAGGGCGACUAUUGCGAGGUGAUGGAGUUCUGCGCCGGUGGUGAUCUUUACACCCUUGUCCUGGCGGCAGGCAAGCUCGAGGUUCAGGAGGCGGACUGUUUCUUCAAGCAGAUGAUGCGUGGCGUGGAAUACAUGCAUGAGAUGGGAGUUGCCCAUCGCGAUCUGAAGCCAGAAAACUUGCUUCUCACCACCAACGGCGGGCUCAAAAUUACGGAUUUCGGAAACGGAGAGUGUUUCCGCAUGGCCUGGGAGAACGAUGCGCACAUGGUGUCGGGCUUGUGCGGCUCGGCCCCUUACAUUGCUCCAGAGGAGUACAUCGACAGGGAAUUUGAUGCCCGCGCUGUGGACGUCUGGGCUUGCGGUGUCAUUUACAUGGCUAUGCGGACUGGUCGUCACCUCUGGCGCGUGGCCAAGAAGGACGAGGAUGAAUUCUAUGAUCGGUACCUUGAAGGACGGAGGGAUGAAGCGGGCUAUGGCCCGAUAGAGUCGUUGCACAGGGCCCGCUGCAGGAAUGUGAUUUACUCCAUCCUCGACCCAAAUCCGUCUAGAAGAAUCACAGCCUCGCAAGUCCUCAAAUCUGAGUGGGGCCGUGAGAUAAAACUGUGCAAGGCUGGUGAAGAAGGUCUUUAACACGAGCUCCGUCAGGCUGGAUCGAAAUUGGAAUGAUGUUGUUGUUUAUGUAUAAAAUAGCAUUAUCCGAGGGAGAACCACGUCUGGCGGGGCAAACAAAACGAAACAAAAAAACAAAAACACCAAAAAAAAAAAAAAAAACACAGACCUUUUUUUUCUUCUUUUCUUCACUUGUUGUUUUUUCGACAGAGGAUUCAUAUCAAAUACCUAUUAGUUCUUUCUUCUUCUUCUUUUUCUUCUUCUUCUUCUUCUUCUUCUUCUUCUUCUUCUUCUUCUUCUUCUUCUUCUUCUUCUUCUUCUUCUUCUUCUUCUACUACUACUACUACUACUACCACAGCGCGCGCCUCUCAUGACAUAUCAUGAGGCACCUUUCAUUCUAUUUCACGAAGCGAAAUGACGACGACACUCUCACAUGGCAAAGCACACACACCCCCCCCCCAACACACACACACAAGCAAGCAAGGUCAAGAUUCUCACGAGCAAAGCAUUGGAGUUCGGGCGAAUGAUAUAACUUCUUUUACAUCAUUUUUUUUAUAGCAAACUAUCGAUUUCUCUUGCAGCCCUUACUAUACUAAUACUUUUCGCUUCGUUAGGGAGGCUAGUUCUUUUUCUUUUCUUUUCUUCCGUUUGUUCAGAACAGAGGGAAUUGGGUUGGCCAGAUCUGAUUUUUUUUUUCUUGUCUGCGCGUGUUCUCACUUGCGGGCAAAAAGUGGGGUAAGGGAAGGUGAGGGAAGAAGAGGUUUGCAGAGGGGGGUUUGAACUACACUAUUUUUUUAUAGAGUAGUUAGAGGGGAGUAGGAGCACAAGGGGCAGGUGAAUACUAUUUUUUCUUUUUCUCUUUUACAACUUUUUGGGAGAGAAGCUAGGUGGUGAUGGACGUGAGAAGCUGGGACAUGACAGGCAAGCCGAGGAUGGAUGAUGACUAUUUGAAGAUGUUGAUAAUUUCAGCUGGUGGGGGAUAGAUAAGAAGGGUUUGAACAGCGAAAAGACCACGCGGGGGGGAGGGAGAUUGCAUUUUUCACGACAGACUACCACCAUUUUAUAUUACAGUUUUCAAGCGCGGC